UGGUGCGCGGGGAAUUUCAGCAAAAUGUUUAGUUAAUGGUUUAUUAAAUUAGUUUAAUUAAAAUGAAAGUGUUAAAAUAAAAGAAUAAUAUAAGUACCUCAGCAGAAUAAAAUGAAUUGUGGUUGUGUCAACAUUAAAAAUAGCUUUUAACAAAAGAAAAAAAAAAUGAUGGAACAAUUAGAAUAUUUUCAAAAAAUUACCAUUAGCACAUAAAAAUUAAAAAUAAGAUUAGAUGCUACUGGAAAUUAUACUUAAAUACCAUUUUCAACAAAAGGUUGUGUGUUAAUUUGAAUUAGAAAAAAAUUUGAAAAACCAAGCAAAAGUUUUUAGACGUAGAAAUGUCCAGUAAUGACUGCAGUAAAUCAAUUACGCUUAUAAUUAUAUAAAAAAUAUUUUUAAUCAAAAUUUUCAUUCAAUUGGCUUACACUGGAAUAUUAUAAUAAUUUUUAUGUUCAUCAACUCCUAAACACAUAUAAGUGAAACAUGUUGAAUGUUAAGGAAAUCUUUACUAAUUUAAAACUUCAACGAAGAAUUGGCCAAACAAAAUUUAUUUCAUCGGCUUUACCUUUAAAUAACACAUUAAUUAAAACUCCACAAACUUCAUUUAAAAAACGUAAUAAUUUUGGAAUAUAUAGAAAUAAUAGAAAUAUCCAAGAAAAUCAAGAAGAAAUUGCACCAGGUUUAAUGCAGCUGAUAACAUUCAAUGAAAAACUUCACAACAGAGAAUUUUUCCUUUCUAAAAUUUUGAAAGCUAUUUUGAAUAUUUAUAGAAGCAAGCUAAUUACUACCAUAAAACCAUACCGAAACCAGAUUAAACAAAAUCAACGACUACACCAUAAUAUAAAAGCUUCAAUGAUAACAAAUGAAUUUGCUGCUACAUAUAAUCUUUUGAUAUGUCAAAACAAUGUUGAUACAAACACAAGUAAAUUUUCACGAUAUUUUGACAGUGAUUUUUUUACGUUAAAAGCUGAAAGUUGUGCAAAUCUUUUAAGCAAUUUCAUCACAGAAUUUAUAAAUAAUAUAAAUUGUUUUCAAAAUUAUUUUAGUUUCAAUUUAAAUAUAGUAUUGAACGGCAACAACAGAGAAAAUUUGGAAAAAGAUCCGGCAAUAAUAUUAGCUGAAAAUAUUAAUAAUUCUAGAAAUAUUAAUAAAAUUUAUAGUGCAAAUAUUUUUGGUGCUAAUCUCAUUAGUAAAUGUUUAAGAUUUAAUAAAAAUAUAGUAAAUUUUUUCAAAGGUGAUAGCAAUAGCAAAAGUUUAAAUAUAAAAAAUAUGUCUAAAGUUGCAACUGAAAAACCUCCAAUUGAUAUUUCGAAAGGAAAUACAAAUAAUACUAAUUCAAAGGAAACAUCAUUAUCUAUUGAUCAAGAUAUGUCAACAUCAUCAUCUACAUCGUCAGGAAAUAAUACAAACAAUGGAAAUAGUAAUUUAGAAAAACCAGAAAAAGGCUCCUGUUUUACAGCAAGCUUGGGUGAUAUAAUAAAAUUUUUAGAACUUGUUGGUGGUUUAAAACACACCAAACGUACUGGUUUUGUAUUACGUGAUGUUAAAAAUUGUGAAUCAAUUUCCGGUCAUAUGUAUCGUAUGGCAAUGAUGACAUUCCUAUUAGAUGGUACCGAAGGAUUAAAUCAAACAAAAUGUAUGGAAUUAGCAUUGGUACAUGAUUUAGCUGAAUGUAUUGUUGGUGAUUUAACACCAUUCUGUGGUGUUACUAAAGAGGAUAAAAAACGAAUGGAAAUGGAAGCUAUGGAAAAAAUUUGUAAAUUAAUUGAACCAAGAGGCAAAAGAAUGUGGGAACUAUUUGUGGAAUACGAAAGUGGUGAAUCACCUGAAUCAAAAUUUGUUAAAGAUUUAGAUCGUCUUGAUAUGGUUUUACAAGCUUUCGAAUAUGAAAAACGUGAUAAUUGCCUAAUGAAACAUCAAGAGUUUUUUGAUUCAACAGAUGGAAAAUUUGAGCAUAGUUUCGUUAAAAAAUUAGUUAAGGAAAUUUAUGAUCAACGUAAUAAAUUAGCAAAUGAAACAGGUUGUACACCAGAUAUGUAUCCUCAACCAACAUUUUUACAUCAAAAUGGUCAUCAUCAAAAUGGUUUAUCAAAUGUUGUUAACGGUGAAAUACAAACACCAGUUUUAACAACAUCAAGUACAACAAAUUCUUCAUCUUCACCAACAACAUCAUCAUCGACAACAACGGAUUUGGACCAGCAAAAAGCAACUAAUGGACGAUGAUAAAUUUUUGUAUAAUAAAUAUUUGUAUGUACAUAUAUGUAUAUAUAUAUACAAAUAUAUAUAUAUAUGUAUAUAUACCUCUAUAUUAUUUAAUAUUUAUAUACAAAUUAUGUGUAUUAAUAACGAAAUAAUAACGUUAUAAGAAAAAAAAAUUUAUUACCAAAUUAUGAAUUCAAAAAAAAAAUAUGCGAAUUAAUAUUUAUAAUUUAUUUAUUAAAUUUAUAGCUAAAUGAAUUUUAAUUUGAAAAAUAUAAUUUUGUUUUAAAAUUUUAUGCAAAAAAAUUAAAAAAAAAAGUAUAAAUUUUUACAUUUCAAUACUUUAAUUAAAUUUUGUAAUUAAAAUAAAAUUUCUAAAGUCAUAAAUGCUAUUGCUCUUACAGUCACUUAUUGAUUUAAAAACUUUCUAUUAAAAAUAUUAAUAUUCCGGAAAUAAUUAAUAUUAAGAAUAAUGAACCUCAAAAAUCAAAAUAAUUAUUUUCACAGUUUUCAAUUAAAGAUUUUAUUAUGUCACCAUUAAAUUUUAUUUAAUUCUCAAUUAAAUUAAGCCGAGAUCAAAUUAAGGAUGGCAAACACUAAACAAAAAGAGGCAAGCAAGCUACGUUACUUAAAAUAAAAAGAAACCAACAUUCAAAUUAAAAAAAAAAUAUACUUAUAUACUUACUACUAUACGUUUUCGUUCUUUAUGUUUUGUAAAAUAUUUUCUUCUUCACAAUAUCAAAAUUUUUAGGCAGAAAAAAAGUAAAAUAAUUUCAAAAAAUAAAGUAAUAACGCUUCAAGUAAAGAUUUUUGAAUAAAUGAAAAUUAUAUUUUAUUAUAAAAUUAUUUACGAAAAAAUAAAACUAAAAAAAAAAACAAAAUGCGAAAAAUAUUAGAAUAAAUAGAAAAAAUGAAUAAAUAUUUAAUUUUAAAUAAAUAAAAAUUU